AUGAGUGUGGGGUGUGUGGGGCUCCAGCGCUCCGCUCUCGGCCGCCGCCAGGGAAGGACAGACGGACGGCGCUUCCUCCCAUCGGGAGCAGUUCCCGGGCACCUCGACUCGGCCCGGGCACAAGUGGAGCGCGCCUGGCUGGCCGCUGGCCUCCGGAAGGUUCCACUGCGUCCCCCUUGGGCUGGAUAUGUUCAUGUUCACGUGAAGAUGGAUUUAGUGUACGGUCUCGUGUGGCUGCUGACAGUCCUCCUGGAGGGGAUCUCUGGCCAAGGAGUGUACGCGCCCCCGACAGUUCGGAUUGUGCACUCAGGAUUGGCCUGUAAUAUUGAGGAGGAGCGCUACUCUGAAAGGGUCUACACUAUCCGGGAAGGAGAAACUCUAGAAUUGACCUGUCUGGUUACAGGACAUCCACGCCCACAGAUCAGGUGGACGAAAACAGCAGGAAGUGCCUCUGACAGAUUCCAAGACUCAAGUGUCUUCAACGAGACGUUGAGGAUUACCAACAUUCAGAGACACCAAGGUGGCCGCUAUUACUGUAAAGCAGAGAACGGCUUGGGGUCCCCAGCAAUAAAGUCAAUCCGAGUGGAUGUGUACUACUUGGAUGACCCAGUAGUAACUGUUCAUCAAAGCAUAGGUGAAGCUAAAGAACAAUUUUACUAUGAGAGAACAGUGUUUCUCAGAUGUGUGGCCAAUUCCAACCCCCCUGUGCGCUACAGCUGGAGACGUGGCCAAGAGGUGUUGCUGCAAGGAUCUGACAAAGGAGUGGAGAUUUAUGAGCCCUUCUUUACCCAGCUAGAAAGAUCCUACAAACUUACUGAUAAUUAUUUAAAACAGAAUGUCCCUACUCCCUUUAAACCAAGAAAAGAACAGAUAACAGAUGACCCCCCAGCUGUGGAACCAGCAUUCUUGGAAAUCCGUCAAGGACAGGACAGAAGUGUGACCAUGAGCUGCAGGGUCCUGAGAGCAUAUCCAAUACGAGUGCUGACCUAUGAGUGGCGUUUGGGCAAUAAGUUAUUACGGACCGGUCAGUUUGACUCUCAGGAGUAUACAGAGUACCCAGUAAAAAGUCUUUCCAACGAAAACUAUGGCGUUUAUAACUGCAGCAUCAUAAACGAAGCCGGAGCAGGGAGAUGCAGCUUUCUUGUUACAGGAAAGGCCUAUGCCCCCGAGUUCUAUUAUGACACCUACAACCCUGUGUGGCAAAACCGACACCGAGUGUAUUCCUACAGUCUGCAGUGGACACAGAUGAAUCCGGAUGCAGUGGAUCGCAUUGUUGCAUACCGCUUGGGUAUUCGGCAGGCUGGACAGCAACGUUGGUGGGAACAGGAGAUUAAAAUAAAUGGGAAUAUUCAAAAGGGAGAACUCAUUACAUAUAACUUGACAGAACUAAUUAAACCAGAGGCCUAUGAAGUCAGACUGACUCCUCUCACUAAAUUUGGUGAAGGGGAUUCAACAAUUCGUGUCAUCAAAUAUACUGCACCUGUAAAUCCUCAUUUGAGGGAAUUUCACUGUGGAUUUGAAGAUGGUAAUAUUUGUCUGUUCACCCAAGAUGAUACUGAUAAUUUCGACUGGACCAAACAGAGUACUGCAACAAGAAAUACAAAAUACACCCCUAACACGGGGCCCAAUGCAGACCGCAGUGGCUCCAAAGAAGGUUUUUAUAUGUACAUCGAGACAUCUCGACCCAGACUAGAAGGCGAAAAGGCUCGACUUCUCAGUCCUGUAUUCAGCAUAGCUCCCAAAAAUCCAUAUGGACCUACAAACACUGCAUAUUGUUUUAGUUUCUUCUACCACAUGUAUGGGCAACAUAUAGGUGUUUUAAAUGUAUAUCUACGUUUGAAAGGGCAGACAACAAUAGAGAAUCCUCUAUGGUCUUCAAGUGGGAAUAAAGGACAACGAUGGAAUGAGGCCCAUGUUAAUAUAUAUCCAAUUACUUCAUUUCAGCUAAUUUUUGAAGGCAUUCGAGGUCCUGGGAUAGAAGGUGACAUUGCCAUUGAUGAUGUAUCAAUAGCUGAAGGAGAAUGUGCAAAACAAGACCUGACAACUAAGAAUUCCGUGGAUGGUGCUGUUGGGAUCUUAGUUCAUUUAUGGCUCUUUCCAGUCAUCAUCCUCAUCUCUAUCUUGAGUCCUCGAAGGUGACCUUACCCUGGCAGAGGCAAUCAAUGAUUCACCAGGCACUGGCGUGAAGAAAGAGUCUUUGUAAAUGGACGCUGAAAAAAAAAAAAAAAAACUACCAAAGAUUCCUCCACUGACUACUGACUCAAAAGUUAAUAAUAAAAACAACAUUUUUUAAGCACUGGGGAUAAAAAAAAAAAGACAUCAUGGAAAUAUAACUUAUUCCAAACUACAUAUAGAAGAUAAUCUUGGCCUGGGUACGGAAGAGACCUUCAGGUGCUUUUGUGGCUAAAAGGAUUACAGCUUCAUCUGGUUGAACUCUGGAAAAAGAAAAAAAAAAGUAAAGAAAGAAAAAAGAAGAAGAAAAAAAGAGCUAUAGAAAUCCUCGUCAAAGCACAAAGUCAUGGCUGGUUUUGUUUCAAAUGAAUAGUUUGCUUGUUACCAUGGAAACCUAAUGGCCUGCCAACAAAAACCUCACUGUAAACAGGGUACGUGGAGAGCUGGCAUUUAUUUUCCUUUCAAGAAGGUUUUAUGUAGAGAAUUAAAUAAAUGUAGGCCCUUUUACCUUUGGCUGUUACCCUUCAUUGAAAAUACUCCAAACUCAGAAUUAUUUAGAGGUUUCAUGUUCCUCCCCACCCCACUUUUACUGUUGUUUGUUUUUGUUGUUGUUGUUGUUGCUGUUUGUCGUUUUUUUUGUUUUUUGUUGUUCUUUUUUUCUUUUCCUCCCUCCCAUGGCUAAGCUAGGUAACUGUAUGAUGUCUCUUUUUGCAUGCACUACUAUCCAGGACAGUAAACCUGGGCUUACAUAUUACACAGGCUUAUCGGAGUUUGCUUGCGGCCACUUGAACACCCAAACUACGUCAUCUGUUCCUAUGAAGAAACCAAACCACCAUCUUUUAUAAAUUGCCAUGGAAACCAAGUGCCUUCAAUGAAACAAGCCUGAAUAAUUUUCAACUCAGAAGCUUGCACCGCUAACAAAGGCUUGUGUAAAACUAUUUUGUAAACAGACGACACAGCCUAAGUGUGCACAUUACAGGCAAGACGCCCCAGCCGCUUCUGAAGAAGAAAGGACCCGCUACUGCGUAAGCCCAUGUAGACAAGAUCAUUUGUUUCACCUCCCAGACAGCCAUGGCCUUUCGGCUUAUUGUCCACGGAAAGGAACUUCCCUUGAGACCAGUCAUGGGAGCAACACUUUUUUCUUCCGGGUUAUUAGAUGGGUCAACCAGAGCAAAAGGUUGCUGUGAUAAUACUUAGCGCAGAAGGUGGUAAGACACAGAAGUGAUUUUUUUUUUUUUUACUCUAACCUCCAUCUGAAAUGAAAUUGGCCCUGCCUGUAGAGGGAACAUGGAAAUGUUUGAGAUUGCCGUGCAUAAGAACUCUGCCGCGGAACUGGGCCUGAAAAACCUGGCUUUAUUCUAAACUCUGAGGGUAAUAUGCCUCUGCCCUUUAGUCAGACUCUGUGCAAAUUGUGAAAUAUUAUUUUAUUAUUUUAACAAGAUUAAAAAAAAAACACUUUUACAAAAAAACAAAAACCUGUAAAAAUGAUUUUGAGCUACCUGAGGACAAACCACACCUUUAACCAGCCAGUUUUCCAAUGCAUUGUAAAUUUCACUUACACCUGUUGGUUAUGAAAAUUUGAAGAUCUUUUUCCUUAAAUUAUCUCAGCUUUUAACUUCAUUUAAAAAGACUUUUGUCUAAAGAAGAAUAUUACUAUGAUCUGUUCUUUUCACACCCCAGGAUUUAAAAAAUACUGAUUAUGCAAGUAAUUGGGAUCUAAGUAUUAAAUUGCAGUAUUUGCAAAUAUUAAUAUAAAAAGCACAACAAAAUGUAGUAGAAAAUGACAAAGCUUGAUUUUUUUAAGACAACUGUAGAAAUGUUUGUGCAAAUUCAAUAAUUCAACUUAAAAUAUAAUUUUACAGCUUUGUUCAAUAAAGGCUCUUUCCAGGUAAGGUAUAAUAAGCAGUAUGUGUGUUUGUUGGACAAUAUUCAAUUAUCACUAAAAUGAGAUUAGUUAUGCAAUUUACUGGUUCUGUUAUCUUGGGAUAAAUCUUCAGCGCUUCAUACACAAUUAGGGUCCACAGGAAGAAAUUUUAAUAGGAACACCCGAUACACUCUCCUUUAUCUGUAAUACAUGUAAAAAAAAAAAUGUUUACCUCUAUAGGUAAAAUGCAAGUUGAAAUUUAAUGUAUAAUUUCAUAGUCAGUUUAAAAGGGGACAUAUCAGAAGACCUAGGUAGUGAUAGCAUCAAGCUAACUCACAUCCUUUAAACUGAACAGAAGAAACAAAUGAUUAUCAUAAUUUCUUUGACUUAAUUAGUCAUAUUGAAAAUUUUUCAAAAGUUCAAAGUCAUUCAUUCUAUCAAACCAAAGAUUUCAAGAAAGUGAUUUCUGGGGCAUGUAACAUCUGAAAAAUCUGCAAUUGCCUGUAUUUCCAUUGUAUCGCAACUAACCAACCACAUCUUUUCAUUAUCCAAGAUUAGUAAAACAGAAUUUUAUUUUAUUUUGUUAUGUUUUUUGCAUUCUCUUUGCCAGGACACCAAUAGUAUCUUUUGAUUUAAAGAGAGGCUUAAUUUGUCAUCUUCUUUCAAUUAUCUUUAAGUUGAUUUGAAUAACGCUUUCUCAAAGAAACUUACAGAAAAAAGACCCCAAAUUUCAGAUUACUUGAAAACAUGCAUAUCCUUUCAAGAAAAAUAACUACGUUUGUUUCUUCUAAGCUAUCCCAAGCCAACAAGCAGCUAGAAGUAAAAGUUUGAAUUGUAUCAUUAAGCAUUUAUCAAAUAACUAAAAUCUUUCCUAAACAUUCCCAUUGUAAGAAAACACACUUCCAAAGUUCAUGAGAACUGGCUGGUACUUCAAAAUCCAUUCUGAUUAAACUUCUAAGAAGUUGCCGAUGACUGUGAAGAACAGGGGGCAAUCAGAGGUGAAAGCAAACAGACCACUGGGAUGGUAAUAAAACGAAUUUCUCACAUGAGAUCGACAUCAUUUAAACAAACCAACCAACAGAAUCAGUAUUUCGACUUCAGAUCAAAUGCUCAGUUGCUGUCAUUGAAAGUAAAUGGCUAAAAAUGUGGAAACUUUAAAAAUGAUUUGGGUACAUGGACUGGAAAUUUUGUGAAAUCACCUUUUCUUUAAUUGAACUAAUGAUCACGGAACCCUUAAAACACCCCCUUAUCGACUGCUUGCCCAUUCCUAACAUUGCCAUGUCUACGAGAAACUGGACACAACAGCUUCCCUGCACCAUCUUGGUAGUGUGUCAGCCUAUAAUGGAGAGAAGCCAGUUUGAGCUAAUUUUUUUUUUAAAUGAAGAAGCAUCUAGCAAUCAGGUUUUUGUUUUCUGGGAGAGACAACAUACCAUGUAAUCUCCAAUUAUUGACACUAACUAAUCCCCAUUAAUCAGAAGCAGUACCACUUUCAUCAGUUCAAAGACGUUUCUUUACAUGUUAACAUUUCUACAAUUGGGCCUAUUUUGAUUAUAAUUAGCAGUAUUUCUAUGUAGUGAUAUGAAGGUCCACCCAAGAGCUGAGAGGACCUGGGUAUGAAUAUUCACCACAUUCACUAUAGUUGCCAGAAGUGCCAAACAAUGCCAAAUAUGAUCUUCUUUCCUUCAAAUCUAAAAGUGAGAAAAAAUAUAACCAAAUCACAAUCAUAGAUUGUAUAAAUAAUCAUGGACUAUGCAGGUUAUAGCCUAAUUUCCUUUGCUUUUUUAAAACAUCAGAGUCUUCUUAGAUGCUUUACAUCUAUCCCUACCCUUGCUUUUCCAUUUCCUAUCUAUUUUCCUACCAUCUGUUCUUAUAGUUCCACUGUGGAUCAUAUGUAUUCCUGAUCUACUGUGGUCCUUGGUUCCAUGUGACUUGUUAUACUCAACAGAUGAGGAGUUUGGCCCAUGAUUACAUUUAAGAGAACUGACAGAUGCAUAGUUACAAUGUGAGGCAACAGAUUUUGACACUAAUGGCCCUUCAUUUCAUGUUUCCCACAGAACUGACUCGGCAGAGCAAUGGAUUAUAUCUAAAAUAGAACCUAGUCCGUUAUACCAUGUAAUAUACAAUGAAAAUAAUUCCAUUCUUUACUUUCAUACUUGGAAAUAUGAUGAAAUAAAUUACAGCUGUACUAAUUUUUCACCAAACAUGAAAUUUUAUUUUAAGUACUUUAUAAUAAUAAACUUAUCUACCAACAAAAUGUGUAAUUUAAAGAAUAAUCCAUUUAGUUCUGUACUUAAGACUAUAAACCUAAAAAAAUAAAAUGAUUAUUUUUCAUAAUCAUUUUAAUUUUAUGUUUUUAUUGGUAAUUUUAAAGUUGGCAACAGACUGAUCUGAUUUUGGUAAACUUUUCAAAUGAUUCUCCUAAAUACGUGUUCUUUAUCACAAAACUUUUUUUUUAAUGUGCCUUUCAAAUACCAGGGCCACUCGAUAGAUAUUUAAACUGGCAAAAAUUUACCUCCCCUUAAAAAAAUUCUGGUUGUUGACUACUUGCACUGUUUCAGCUGUGUCUCAACAAAGCAGAAGGCACACUCUUCUUGCAACUGGGCAGUUGAUGUCAAUGAGGAGUUAUUGCAUUUUCUGUGAAAACAAUAAAAUCAUAGGGUUCAAUCCCAAGCUAUUUCUUUUCCUACAACUUUCCCUUUGUGGCUCACCCAUUUAAUUCAUUUUCUUACUGUUACUUUUAGAAGUAUGUAUGUCAUUUUCUACUCUGUCUUAGGAGAAAAGCUACUACAAAACUGAUUUUUUUCUCAAAGCUAAUUUGAAAAGUUGGCUGAAUAUUCACAGUACAUAAACAUAGAGUCGUAUAUGUUAUUACACGAGCAAAGAAAGAUAUAAAAGCUUAACACUAUAAUGUGAAGUAUGUCAACUAGGAACAGUCCCUAGUAGAUUAAUGUCUACUUGGAAAUAAAAGAGAGAUAUAAAGAUAAAGCUUCCACACAUUUCUAUAUGGAUUACUUCAUGAGCACUUGUUCAUUUAAAGCUCAAUAAAUUUAUGAGUAGUGCUUUCACUACCCUGAACCCAUGUGAGAAUUUCAAACAGGAAUCCAAAAUUUGGAGUAAGGCUGAGGUUAAACUCCGGGUAGAAACUGCAAUAGUUUUCUCAAGGAUAUAUUUACAGCUGAAUAAAUUUAAUUUCAAUUGUACUAAUUUUCAUUGAGUUGAUCUGAAAUGUAUUCUUAUUUUUCAAUAAAAUGAUGGGAAAUUCUAUGAGUAGGGAUGAGCUUGGUAGUUUUGCUUGUUUUUGUAAGGCUCUUCACUGUUGCCCUGGGUUUCCAGGCUAUCAUUUUUGUUUCUUGAGUCUCACCAGUAUAUUUAAAUGUAUAAGUUUAAUCAAAUAUGCAUUGUGUUAAAUUUAUAUGCAAAUGAGUUACAUUGGAGACCAUAAAGUUUAGAUUUCACUUAAUUGACAUUUUGAUAUUUUUCUUCUUCCGAAUAGUUUCAGAUAGCUGUAUGUUAUUUUACUUUGGAUUUUUUUUUCAAUAAAUGACAUUAUGUUAAAUACUCUAUUAGUGUUCGGGAAAAUUUUCUGCUGUCAAUAAGCAAUUAACUUAAAAAAACAACAAAAAUGAUAUUUAGAACCACAAUUAAAAUGAAAGUGUCAUCAUUUCUUUCAUGAUUA